GUUGAGCGUUUCCAAAAUCUUGCCAACUCUGUACCGGUUUCAAUUUGUCUUUGUUGCUACAAGAGUGAAAAUUUCCAUCGUCCCCAAUUUUCAUGGACUUGCAAUAAGUGACCUAGCGGCAUCAUGAUGUGCUUUCGACGGUUCUACGCCAACCUUUCGUGCUGGCACCGGGACCAGGACGAUGAAAUUGUCGAGUUGAUGAAUCGUCGCCGCGCGUCGGCCAACAACCACGAGGUCGCCGUACCUUUAGCCGGACCAUCCCACGACCGCCCAACCGCCCGCUUCAAGCUGACCUACAACAUCCAACUCCCCUCCGAGCACAGCUACCUGGGCAAGCUGGAACGCGUCGGCGGCCUCCAACUCCUCGAACCCAACUCAAUCCACACGAUCCCCAUCAGCGGCCACCACUCCAUCGUCUACCCCGGCGAAACCAUCCCCCUCAUCCUGACCAACUCUCUGCUCAGCCCCGACGGACGCACCGAAAGCAACCGCAUCGGACUCGUAUUCUGGGAACACCCCCACCGGAAGAAAAUCUACGGCGUCAUCUGCCAGGUCUGCGAAAAGGACGACCGCGAGUCGGCCAUCGUGCUCAAGACCAAAGCCGUGCAGCGAUUCGAGCUGGUUCCCCACGCCGACGGAGCCCUCACCAAGUCGAUCCAGCGCGAAGCAGGUCGUGCCCAUUACUACGCCCAGGUUAAAAUCCUCCCGGAAGUGCUGCUCGCCGACCCGCUAACCGCGCUCUGCGCGGCAAACCUAACCAAAAUUAACCCCCGGAAUCGACGCCAGGCGGCGCAGUUUACCGUGUGGCCCAAAUUCGUGUACGAUCAGUACGGUUCGGACGAGGUGCUGCUCAAGGUGCGACGAUUUUUGCACUUUCUACAGAUUGAGUCGGCGCCGGCGAUGAAGGAUGAAGGUGGUGGUGGUGAGGAUGAUCCCGUUGCGCUGUCCUUUUGGCUUGCCCGGAACAUUCCGUUGAGCGAGGCGGACCGGAAGGAGGUGUUCUUUACGAACUCGGUGCUCGCGCGGAUGCUGAUUGUGAACAGUAUACUGGAUUUUACCUGCGGCUUCUGCUGCAAAAAGUGCGACCGGCGGAUCGCCAACUACGUGGACAUGUUCGCCAUGUCCAAGCAGGGCGUCGCCGGCAGCUACUGCAACCCGUCGGGGUUUGUGCACGAAACGCUGACCGUGUACCGGCCGAUCGCGAAGACGACACGCACGACGACCAAGGGCUCGAAGGAUUUCAGCUGGUUCCCGGGCUACGCGUGGCAGAUUACGGUCUGCAAUGGGUGCAACAGCCACGUGGGGUGGAAGUUUGUGGCGACCAAGCGCGGCUACAAGCCGAGGAAGUUUUACGGUCUGUGUGGGAAAGCCAUCCGGGUGGAGUCGGAUCGGAAGGUGGAGGAUUAGGAGGAAGGGGGGGUGUUGGACUGAAGGAGAGACUAUUCGAGACUGCUGGGUGGACGGCCCUACCGAGAACGAAACUGGGAACAGACCGAGAGAGAGUAUUGUUUAUUGUGACGAUCUAUCAGAAGACUAUCUUCUUGUUGAUUUUGUUUUUCCAGUUUAUAGAAGGGAUUGGUGAGAGUAAUGAUAAAGGUUUAGCUUGCGAAAAC